GUUUAUUUCAAAACUUCAAAGAAUAUAAUCAAGUGUAGUUAAAAAUUCCUUCAAGAUGGAUAAAUCACAAUGGGACCCAAAACCUAGCAAAUUCAGUUUGGAUGGAACUUCUGUCUCUGGUGGCGGUAGUAAAGGAUAUAAUGUCAAUGUAAAUACUAGCUUCCCAAUUUACAAUAGCCCAAAUGGACGUAAUUCUAUUGAGGGAACAGCCCAAUACUCACAGCAUUUGGGUGGUAAAUUUGGAAACAGUCGUCCCAAUUAUGGAGGUGCAAUUAGAUUUACACAUAGAUUUUGAAAUUGUCAGUUUUAAAUCAUGUUUUGUUAUAAAAUGUAAAACUGAAGCCAUCCAUAACAUAAUAAAAUAAA